AAUCUCUAAUAAAAUGUAAGGAUCUUAGUUAUAGGUAAUAAUCAAAGAUUAAAAGACCUUAAUUUUGGGUUUAUAUAAAUAUAUAAUAGCAAUAAGAGUGAGAGAUAUUUACAUUACAACACCAUUUUUUUUUUGCCUUUUUUCUUACCCAUUUUCAUGCUCCCGCUUUUCCGAUUCGGUCUCAGGGUUUCAGGCAGAACUACUGUGCUCAUCAUCAGAUCCGCCCAUCUCUGAACAUGAGUAGUUUGGUUGAGAGGCUUCGUGUUAGAUCAGAGAGACGGCCUAUAUAUAAUCUUGAUGAUUCAGAUGAUGAGAUUGAUGUUGUGCGUGGGAAAGGUGGGACAGCUCAAGAGAAGUUUGAAAAGAUAAUUAGGAGUGACGCGAAAGAGGAUUCAUGCCAAGCUUGUGGAGAAAAUGGGACUCUACUGGGAUGUGAAACAUGUAAUUAUGCGUAUCAUUCAAAGUGCUUGCUUCCGCCACUUAAAACUCCCGCUCCUGGAAACUGGAGAUGCCCUGAAUGUGUUAGCCCUCUUAAUGAUAUUGAUAAGAUAUUGGAUUGUGAAAUGCGCCCUACUGUUGCGGAUGAUAGUGAUGCUUCGAAGCUUGGGUCAAAGCAAAUUUUUGUGAAGCAAUAUCUUGUUAAGUGGAAGGGAUUAUCUUAUUUACAUUGCACAUGGGUGCCGGAGAAAGAGUUCCUCAAAGCUUUUAAGACACAUCCUCGUCUAAGAACUAAAGUAAGCCAUUUCCAUCGUCAAAUGACUUUGAAUAACAACUCUGAGGAUGAAUUUGUUGCAAUAAGACCUGAGUGGACGACUGUUGAUCGGGUUAUCGCUUGCAGGGGAGAUGACGAUGAGAAAGAAUAUCUUGUAAAGUGGAAAGAACUUCCUUAUGAUGAAUGCUAUUGGGAAUUUGAAUCAGACAUAUCUGCAUUUCAACCAGAGAUUGAGAAAUUCAAUAGAAUCCAGUCUAAGUAUAAGCAGUCUUGUAAUAAGAACAAAAACAUUGUUAAAGAUGCUGCUGAAUUAAAAAAGAAGCAAAAAGAAUUUCAACAGUUUGAACACAGUCCUGAUUUCCUUACUGGAGGUACCCUACAUCCUUAUCAGCUCGAAGGGUUAAACUUCCUGCGUUUUUCUUGGUCCAAACAAACUCAUGUUAUACUUGCUGAUGAGAUGGGACUUGGCAAAACUAUACAGAGUAUUGCGUUUUUAGCGUCUCUUUUUGAAGAUAACAUUGGUCCACAUUUGGUGGUUGCUCCACUAUCGACAUUGCGAAACUGGGAGCGUGAAUUUGCAACAUGGGCACCUCAAAUGAAUGUUGUUAUGUAUGUUGGGUCUGCCCAAGCACGUGCUGUGAUACGUGAAUAUGAAUUUUAUUUUCCUAAAAAUCAUAAGAAGCUGAAGAAAAAGAAAUUCAGUGCAGUUAGUGAAAACAAGCAAGACCGCAUCAAAUUUGAUGUUCUCUUAACUUCAUAUGAGAUGAUCAACUUAGACACGACAUCACUAAAACCAAUUAAGUGGGAGUGCAUGAUUGUUGAUGAAGGUCACCGUCUGAAGAAUAAGGACUCAAAAUUGUUUUCAUCAAUGAAGCAAUAUUCAACUAAUCAUCGUACCCUUCUGACUGGAACUCCUCUUCAGAACAAUCUCGAUGAACUAUUUAUGCUCAUGCACUUCCUUGAUGCUGGGAAGUUUGGAAGUCUGGAGGAGUUUCAGGAAGAAUUUAAGGACAUCAAUCAAGAAGAACAGAUCUCAAGGCUCCAUAAAAUGUUGGCACCCCAUCUUCUCAGAAGAGUGAAAAAAGAUGUUAUGAAAGAAUUGCCUCCUAAAAAGGAACUUAUUUUGCGCGUUGAGUUGAGCAGCAAGCAGAAAGAGUAUUACAAAGCAAUUCUCACCCGUAAUUAUCAAAUACUAACCCGACGUGGUGGUGCACAGAUAUCAUUGAUCAACGUGGUUAUGGAACUACGCAAGCUCUGUUGUCAUCCUUACAUGUUAGAGGGAGUUGAGCCAGAUAUACAAGAUUCAAAUGAAUCUUUCAAACAACUAGUAGAGUCUUCUGGGAAAUUACAAUUAUUGGACAAAAUGAUGGUGAAACUUAGAGAGCAAGGGCAUCGAGUACUUAUAUAUUCGCAAUUUCAGCACAUGUUGGACUUGCUAGAGGAUUACUGUACAUACAAGAAAUGGCAGUAUGAAAGGAUAGAUGGGAAGGUUGGUGGAGCUGAAAGACAAAUAAGAAUUGAUCGGUUUAAUGCCAAAAACUCUUCUAGAUUUUGCUUUUUGCUUUCUACCAGAGCUGGAGGAUUGGGAAUAAACCUUGCAACGGCUGAUACAGUCAUUAUAUACGAUAGUGACUGGAACCCUCAUGCGGAUCUACAAGCUAUGGCUAGAGCCCACAGGCUUGGACAAACAAAUAAGGUUAUGAUUUUCAGGCUCAUAACACGUGGAUCCAUUGAAGAAAGGAUGAUGCAAAUGACUAAGAAGAAAAUGGUUUUAGAGCAUUUAGUUGUUGGAAGGUUGAAGGCUCAAAAUAUUAACCAGGAAGAGUUGGACGACAUCAUAAGGUAUGGCUCAAAGGAAUUAUUUGCAGAUGAAAAUGAUGAAGCUGGAAAAUCAAGACAAAUUCAUUAUGAUGAUGCUGCAAUAGAUAGAUUACUGGACCGAGAACAAGCUGGAGAUGAAGAAUCAACCGUGGAUGACGAAGAAGAAGAUGGAUUUCUCAAGGCCUUCAAGGUAGCAAAUUUUGAAUAUAUUGAAGAAACAGAAGUGGUGGAAGAGGAAGCGCAAAAGCCUGCUAUGGAAAAUAAAUCAGCAGUCAACAGCACAGAGAGGUCGACGUUCUGGGAGGAGUUGCUGAGAGACAAAUACGAAGUUCACAAAGUUGAAGAGUUUAACGCGUUGGGCAAAGGAAAAAGAAGCCGAAAGCAGAUGGUGUCGGUUGAAGAGGACGACCUUGCUGGUUUGGAAGAUGUUAGCUCUGAUAACGAGGAUGACAACUAUGAAGCAGACAUGACCGAUGGUGAAACAGCAUCAUCAGGAAAUGCUUCUCUGAAGAAGACUAACAGAAAGAAAGCUCGUGUGGAUAGCUCAGAUCCCAUACCAUUAAUGGAGGGUGAAGGAAGAUCAUUCCGAGUACUGGGUUUCAAUCAGAAUCAAAGGGCUGCAUUUGUGCAGAUUUUGAUGAGGUUUGGUGUUGGGGAUUUUGACUGGAAGGAUUUUUCAUUUCGGAUGAAGCAGAAGACUUAUGAGGAAAUAAGAGAUUAUGGGACUCUUUUCUUGACUCACAUCACUGAAGAAAUUACCGAUUCCCCUACCUUUGCAGAUGGUGUUCCAAAAGAUGGACUCAGGAUACAGGAUGUCCUUGUUAGGAUUGCAGUUCUGAUGCUUGUAAGAGAAAAAGUGAAGUUUGCUUUAGAAAAUCCUGGAGUUCCACUUUUUACCGAUGACAUUCACAUGCGCUACCCAGGAUUGAAGGGUGGAAAGUUUUGGAAGGAGGAGCAUGAUUCAUUAUUACUGCGUGCUGUUCUAAAGCAUGGAUAUGGAAGAUGGCAAGCUAUUGUUGAUGACAAGGAGUUGAAGAUCCAAGAAAUUAUCUGUCAAGAGUUGAAUCUACCCUUUAUCAAUUUACCUGUCGCCAAUCAAGCUGGUUCUCAAGCACAAGGUGUUGCUAAUGUUGCUACUACAGUUGCACCUGCAAAUCCUCCGAAGGAAAAUGGUGGGGAGACUGUUGUGACAGCUGAUGUUACGAAGGGAACUACAGAUGCUGCAAAUCAUGCACAUUUAUACCAAGAUGGCACCAUAUUGUAUCAUUUUAGAGAUAUGCAGCGAAGACAAGUUGAGUUUAUCAAGAAAAGGGUGCUUCUCUUGGAAAAAGGGCUCAAUGCGGAGUACCAGAAGGAAUACUUUGGUGGUGAAAUGAAGUCAAAUGAGGUUACAGGUGUUGAGCCAGAUAAUGAACCCAAGUUCACAAAUAUCCCAAAUGUGCCAAGCUCUCUGUCUGUUGAGAUUGAUGCAUCCGUGUCUGAACAGUUACCUCAAAUGGAACCCAUUGGUCCUGAAGUAACAGCUGCUGCUGCUUGUGAUGAUAAUUCAGAUCGCCUGCAACUGCCUCAGCUUUAUAACGAGAUGUGCAAGGUUGUCGAGGAAACCACCACCGAAUCAGUUCAGGGAUCUUUGGCCAACAAACCGGCUGGUCUGAACUUGGAGAAGAACCUUGCUGCAAUUGAAACCCUUUGUAAUGAUGUAAACCGGAUUCUCUCUACUCAACAAAACCCAGAUGCAAAGGUUGAGCCAAACGUCGUCAAUGCAGUGCUCGCCAAAUCAUCUUCUGAAGAUGACACCAAGCUGGUAACCAAAUUUGAACCUGAAGAAGGAACUAUACUGAUGCCAUGCGGAUCACUGCUUCAGAAGGGACGCUCGAGCUCACCAGAAAACACUGGAAAUGAUGUGGUGACCAAAGCAGAGAAGAGUGACUGAGCUGGUUAUGAAAGCAGAGAAGAGUGAUGGAGGUGCUUCUAGUAUUGAAUAAAUAUUUAAAAGCCUAGGUAGAAUAUUUAUGAGGCUAAUUUUACAUUGGACCUUUUGUUUAAACUUUUUGUUAAGUCACUGAAACUGAGUUCUUGUUAUUUUAAUCUUAGGAUAUAUGAAUUUGCUUAUGGAAAUUGUGCUCUCAUGCAUUUGGGGCGAAUUGAUUUAGAAAGACAACAAGAUUAUUUAAAUUUUA